UCUUUCAACGACGACCAUCACCAUCACUCUUCCCCUGCUGUCAUGUCCGACCUCGACGCAGACCUCUAUGGCGACCUCUACGGCAACGAUGAGCAAGAGUUCGCAGUCCCAACUGAGCGCGCAGAGGAACCCACCCCUACACACUCUCAAGACGCACAGGCUCCACAACAUACGCAGCCAGCACAGAUAAAAACGGAGAAACCACCAGAAACCCUCAGUUCACCGUUGCCCAUUCCGAGCGCUACACCAAGCACCGCACCUUCGAACGGAUCCAAUGGCUCCGCAAUACCGUCUUACACGUCGGAGUCGGCACAGCCAAUACAGACUUAUCAAGAGCGUCAAGCGGAUGACUACCGGGAGGUACCGCAACCUCGUCAAGACUAUCAGCCUGGCGGUUCUGCCGACCGACCCGUGCGGCCCUCAGAAAUGAAGGAGGAAGGGUGAGUCUCUUGAUUCCGCGGUGCUGACCUUCUUCAGGGCGCUCGCUGUGCUGUCCGCUUGACUAGGAUGGGUCGCAACUGGGCCUUGAUUAUGGGACAAGGCUGCUUGUGUAGCAAUGCGCGCGGCGCCGCGGUAGUCACCCAAUAUUGCCUACGACUAGCUCUAG